AUGCCUGCUUAUACGGACAAGUCCACAGGAUUUCUGCGUGGGCACAAGAUGCCUGUGACAUGUGUGGCGGCUCCAGGGAUGGGCGAUGCUUCUGAGCAGCCGCACGACAAGGACUUCUCUGCUGCAGCAGCAGCUAAUGCCUUCUCUCUCGAUCGACAUAUCUAUACGGGUGGGAAGGACUGUUGCAUACUGCGCUGGGAUUUACAAGAAGAAAAAAAAAGUGUCUUUCGUGGCAGACGCAACGACUUUAAUUGCGGUGGACACUUCCGCCCUGUCCUCGGCCUCUGCGUAGCGCCUGAUGAGUCUUUCUUUUGCUCUGGAGGCGCAGAUCAACUCCUGCGUAUAUGGGAUUACCGCAGCAGCACGACCAAAUGCGUUGCUGCUCUCCGCGGCCACAGCGGUGCUAUCUGCUGCGUGAAGCUGAACAACUGGCCGUCGGCGGUGGCAGGUGGGGAACCGGGUCCUGUAUGUACACAGACACAGUCCUACUCCUCCGCUGGAGAUGUCGAAGUUCUCACCUGCGGCGCAGACAAAUCCAUAAAGUUGUGGAACCUCACGGUCAGGGCUUGUCUCAACAGCUACUACGGACAUACCGCCCCCAUCAAUUUCAUGGACGUCAUGCUGCCCAACAAGCCCCUCACAGCAGGCGACGACUGCACUGUCAGAAGCUGGAAGCUGGUGCAGGAUACGCACCUGGUUUUUUCACCACAGCUGACACCAGUUGAUGCGUGCUGCUACCUGACGCCUUCUCUGUUUGCAUGCGGCACUCAAGGGGGAGUGAUAUCGCUGUGCUCAGUACUGCAGAAGAAGCCGAUUGCUGCUGUACAGCAGCUGCCGCCAUUGUCAAAGAUGCGGGGCGCCCACGCGGAUAGCAGCAGCAGCAGGAGGGGGAUUACGGCGAUGGCAGCACUACGACGAAGCGAAGUGCUUUUCGCUGGUUCCGAAGGAGGAGCGGUGCAGGCCUGGCGCGCCAAGAGAAGGAAAAAAACGAAAGAACGCAAAGAAAGUGGUGGUAACCUUGCUGGAGGUUCAACUGCAGCUUCUCUGGAGCUCGUGAGCGAAGUCCGCGUCGCGGGCGUCGUGACGUCGCUGUGCCUCACGCCAUCCGAGCAUACGUUAGCAGCUGCUGUUGCCAAGGAGAACCGGCUGGGCAGGUGGACCGUAGAUAAAGAAGCAAGAAACGGCAUUGCUCUGUUUGGGCUCGUCCGCCGAUAG